UGACGUCAGGAGAAAUGGCGGACCAGGAUGGCAGCGACGCAUCUCCUCCCGAGUCCCAAGCAUCUUACUCCCAGUAUAAAUCGGAGGAUGGAACAGUGUCUUCAGCCACCCGCCCGAGCUCUGCGGGCUCCGGACAGACCUACACUCCCACCCUGACCCCUACCCCCACUCCAACCCCUAGUCGCACCACCACCAGCAACAGUCCCAGUAACAAUGCUGCUACCAAAACAGACUCGCUGCUCUUUAACAAGAUUGACGAGAGACAGAGGUUGGCCCGUGAGCGGCGGGAGGAGCGUGAGAAACAGAAUGCCUUCAAGGAGGCUCAGUGGCAGGCACGUGAGGAGCGAGCCAAGCAGUACUAUGAGAAGCACCUGGAGGAGAGGAGGAGAAGGCUGGAGGAGCAGAGGAUAAAGGAGGAGAAGAGGCGGGCUGCCGUGGAGGAGAAACGACGGCUGAAACUGGAGGAGGACAAGGUUCGUCAUGAGGCGGUGAUCCGUCGGACAUUGGAGCGGAGUCAGAGAAGCCGACAGAAGCCCAACCGCUGGUCGUGGGGAGGGGCUCUGCACACAAACACUCCCAGCACACCAGCCGAUGCUGACAGGCGGUCAGUGUCCACGAUGAAUUUAUCCAGACAUGCAGACCCUGUCAUUACCAAGCGCCUCUCCUCCUCCUCUGCCACUCUCCUACACUCACCAGACCGAGGCCUGCGCCGUCUUCCAUUGACGCCAUGGGAGAGCAAUGUGGUGAACCGCCUGCAGCAGCCAACGCACUCCUACCUGGCCCGCAGUCGCAGUGCCAUGAGUCUGUCUGGAGAGCAAACAGUGUCUUGCCACCCCAUGGGCUCCGUAUCCUUCAAGGCUCUGCAGGCCCAGCCGCUCCCUCACUGCCGCAGCCAGGAGAGGAGCCUCAGCAGGGAGACGGCCUCGUCCUCCUCCACCACCCCACGCAGGAGGACCACCGGAACCACACAGCGAAAGGACCGGGACAAUGUCAGGAAGUCGUGGAGCAACCUGUCACUCCCACUGGCCCCCAUUCUGACUCUGCCCCCCAAAAAACGCUCAUCUUCUCCAGGCAAGAAGAACAGCAAAGUGACAGCACCCUCUCCUGGCAGGCCUCCACAGAAGACAGCAGGGCGUCCUCCGACCCCCAAGCUGCUUAAGUCCCCGGGGGCGGAAGACCCCGGAAACCUUCGUCCUGUCAGAACCACACCCGAGAACCCCAACUCGUCAACGCCCACCAGAGCCCAAGAGGACGAGGAAGAGCAGGUCCUCAGUCCUCCUCAGCCUCGACCGCAGCCGCUGGGUCAGAACAAGACCGCGAAUGAGCAGACACCAGCAGCACCAACAGCAGCCAGCGAGAGUAUAAGCAGUCCUCCAGCCCACAAGCCUUCAGCAGGCACCACAGAUCCAGAGGAGGCGAGUCGUAUCCUGACUGAGAAACGACGGCUGGCCCGCGAGCAGAGGGAGAGAGAGGAAGAGGAGCGCAGGCUACAGGAGGAGCAAGGAAGGUUGGCAAAGGAGGAGAUGGCUCGCCGAAAGGCAGAGGAGCGAGCGAAGAGAGAAGAAGAGGCUCAGCGGCAGGUGGAGGAGAGGAGAAGGAAGGAGGAGGAGGAGAAGAAGGUGGAGGAGGAGAGACUUCAGAAAGAGAGAGAGGAGGCAGAGAGACUCCAGAAACAGAAAGAAGAAGAAGAGUCUCGACAGAGAGAGGAGGCCGAGCGACUGAGGCAGGAGAGAGAGAAACACUUCCAGAAAGAGGAAGCUGAACGCCUGGAGAGAAAAAAGCGCCUGGAGGAGAUUAUGAAGAGAACAAGACGUUCAGACACAGCAGACAAGAAAGUCAUUCCUAACAGGAAUGGAGACAAUGCAGCCUCUCCUGCUCCAUCUGCAGUGACUGUGUCACCGACACACAAUAGCAACGGCAACAGUCGGCAACCCGAGCCCAACCCAAACCCCAGCGCUGCAGCCCUGAGCCAUCCUGACGAGAGGGAGAACGGGGAGUUUGAGGAGGUGAUCGUACUGCCUUCACAUUCCAGGUUGUCUCCUCCUGAGGGAGAGGAGGAGCAGCAUCAGCAGCAGGAGGAGGAGAGAGUUCCUGUCGUAGCCUUCAGGGAGAACGGUCUCCUAAAGCCUCUGAGUGGAAUAGAGGAUAUAUCAGCCCAGCAGGGACCAGAUGUUGCCUGAUCCCCUGCGAGACUGAGAUUAUUCCCCACCCAGAGAGACAGGAAGAGAGGUGGUCAGAGAGAGGCGAAGAAACACAGAGCUGUUGGACUGAAUCAAAGGAAGGACUCACAGCACCAGAGGUUUACUUUCUCACCCGCCCGCGACAGCAGAGCACCGCAGCCAUUUCCCAAAGAUGGUGUCUCCAAAGAUCUCCCUAAAGCAUCUCCAGAGAGAAGUUACUUUUCCCUCAUCAGACUCUCUGCGGGAACAGAUCGUCUCUCUGUCUUUGACCAUGUUUACACUUGGUCAUAAUGUUUGUUCUGUGUACAGCCACAACUACCCGAUUCUGAAGUGAAUGUCCUGAAAUCACGGGAGGGCAUUGAAUCUUUUGACUCUCGUUGUGUGUGUGUGUGUGUGUGUGUGUGUGUGUGUGUGUGUGUGUAUGUGUGCGUGUGUGCGUGUGCAUAUAUGUGUAUGUGUGGAUGACAGACUAAUAGUAAUGUCAGUGAGAUCAGUCAUGAUACUUGAAGAUAUUUCUGUAGAACUAUUGUAAUCAGACUGACUGAAUCAGCAAUGUGACGUUAUAACUGGAAUUCGCACGGCAGACUCAGAAUUUUGAGGUUUCAUUAAUUCGUGUGCUCUCUUUAACUGGAACCUCAUUAUUCUCACGUUUCAACGUCUCUUUUGAAAUGUUGCAGAAGAGAUGGGAUGUAGGAAUGAUAUCAGUGCAUGAAGUUGUAUUAAGACUACAGGAAAGGCUCAUGUGAUGUAAAAAUAUAAUUUGCUGUGUCUACAGUGUUUAAAACUAGAGGUUAUUAUUGGGGUGAGGCAGCAGUUUUGGGAGUUUAAGUUAAAUACUGUUUUCUCAGACAACUGAGAAUUAGGGUGUAAACUACUGAUUUCUUGUUUAGUUUUAUUUAAUUGCUGUACAGAUAAAAUGUGAUUCUUUGUUUUGUCCUCAUCCUCGUCUUCACUUUCUGUUCAAUUUGAGAAAAAAAAAAAAAUCUGCUUUGAUGUUAAGUACUGCCCUUUCCUUUCACUUGUUUACCCUGUUAAAGCUGCAUCCUCCACCCUGUCACACUGCCAGUGAGCAGUGUCAGAGGACCUCGCUGUAGCUUAGCCACCUUGUGUUUGAAGUUGUUCUUUGUUCUGGACGAGUACAAAAUGGAUGGAAAUAAUUUACUGGUGAUGUUAAUUUUGAAAUAAUCUCAUUAAUUUGAUCUUUUUUUGAAUAAGAAUUUAAGAAGAAAUGCUGCUAAUUAUGAUGUUCCUUUGCCUUACUGCAUUGUAGAGGAUGAGGUGACUUGUCUACACUGUCUCACUGAAAUGAAAAUAUGCAUUCCCUUUAUGAGCUUUGACAUUCUGGCCACACACUCAAACUCUUCCAUUUGAUUUAUGUUAAAGUAGAUCAUGAUGAAAUGUUGUCAGUUAUGUGAGUUAUGUGAGGAGCUCUAAUGUCAAAUAAAUGGGUCUUUUCACUCAGGAAAGACAGAGGUGGGAUUUAAGUAAAACACUGGAACUCAACCUUUAUACCAACGUGAUCCCCACUUCAAACUUUGUCAUACAACUCCCAAUAAUGCUGCUGUCUUUGUAUUUGGUUCUCAAACCUUUGCACUUAGUUUCCUUUGUUUGAAAUCUUGCAGUACCACCGAAAUAAAGGAAACUUGAGAUUAUCCAUAUCUGGGUUUUGAAGAGCUGGUUUCUGCCAGUAGUACAUAGCAUGCUGUUAUCAAUAUGGUAACUUGAUGUAGCUUGCGAAGAAAUUGCUUUAACACAAGCAAGAUCUCUUGUAAAGUAUAUUAUACAUAGAUAUCCUAUAAAUUAUGUAUAAAAGGUUGAUAUAUUUUAUUAAGACUGACCACAAGGUUUUGAAAACUAACAAGCCCUUUACUUCAGAUGACACGGGGCAGUGGGAUAAGAUCUUUGAACAACUGUAAAACUGAAAUCUUUGUACAACUGUUCCAGCUGAAAUGUUUGGCAAGAAAAUAAAACUUUGAAUUGAUUACCUGUUCACUGAUGUGAUCUUGCAAUUUUGUUUUCCUUUUCCUGAGACAAGGAUGGAUAACAGCAGAGAAAUAACAAUUGCAGUGCAG